AUGAUACCCUCCAGUUCAUCUAACUUGUCUGUCAAAAGCCAGCCUAAUAGACCUCCCUCGAGCUUAUUAUCUAGACCGUCAUCUAGAAAUACUCUUCGUCCUUCCUCAAGCCUCGGGAAUCGCCCACUCUCAAGCGCUUCAACACGACCAGGCUCCCGUUUCUCCCAACGGCCGAAUUCACGACAAGCAAGAUCACGUCUGAUACCUCUCGCUCAGACCUUAGUUAAUCAGGUGACGGGACUUGAGGUGAAGGAAAAUGGAGGCGAGGGAGUUGCAGACGCGGAUGAUGAUGACGAUUUUCGCGAGGCUGUAGAAUAUGUUGUCCGAAGUCUGGAGACCUCUACAAUCAAUAAGGCUUCGGCGAGUGUGGACAUGAGUGUCAUUGAUCGUCAGAUAAGUGGGCUGGCUCUAAAGGCGCGAAUUAAUUCGCAAGAUGCUUUUGGAGAGGCACUGCAGCUGGCCUACAAGAGGAUAAAGGCAAAUAUCGAGGAAAGGGAAAUGGACUUGGAUCAAGAUAUCAAAAGCUCGAGACUACCUGACCAUCUUCAGUUUUUGUUGACUCUUGGAAAGCCACCUUCCCAAGUCACAUUGGAUAGAGCCGAAGUCUAUCUUCAAGGCAUCAAAAAUCCUCCACCUCCCCCGCCAACGUUAACAUGGAAAGACAUCCUGGCUGAAGAGCCCUUUGAAGGUGAACACUGGGAAGGCGUAUAUGGCUUGCCUGCUGGUGCAGUACGGUCGAUGAGCAAACAAGAUAGAGCAGAUAGAGAGGAAUGGGAUAGUACACCAUCGCUUUCCCCUCUUAACUCUGAUGAUCUGGCACUAGAUGACGAGGACGAUUCGUUUUCAUCUGCAGAUUACGAGAGGUACACAGAGCCAGAAUCAAGUCGCCCUUCAUCCCCUGAACCUGUGGUACCGCAUGACAAUGCCCCUAGGAUUCCUCUGUACGAGCAGCGGAAGCAGUUUGAGGAACUUCGAGCUAGACAGUAUUGGAGAGAUGAUUGGCACACUGAUGCUGAUGUUAACGCCCCGUUUUCUAUUGGAGAUCCAUCUACAUUGGGCCCUACUCUGAGCAAAGUGCUUGCUCGCGCUAGUGGGUCCCAGGACGCACACUCCAUGCUACAACCAGAACAUUAUAUAGAUGAAGCCGACAUGGUCCGAGAGAUUCUCAUGGCACUGCAAGGUAAUAACAAUACAAUCAUCGAAUGGAAUGAUAAUGCCUUUCGGAUGACUCCAAAAACACCCAGAUUGGUUCACCUAACACUGGCUUCCCAAGAGUCAAUAAUAACCUCUCUUGGAAAUACGGCGACUACCGUGCAUAACUUGAGGAGAUUUGCCGCCGCAGUCUUUGCGCGAUCCAUCUCAGGGAAGCAAAUCGCGACCCGAAAAGCCACUGCGACGCGUACUUGCGAAGCCUUCGCUGAUGCCAUCGACGAGGUGGUACGUAGGUUUGAUUCAUGGUGCUCAGCCAAAGAAGAGGCUAUAUGCACUGCUUAUAUUGGUAUGGACGAAGAACCGCUCAUCGUCAGUUUGCUGGGCACAGAACGAGAGAUCCGGGAUCAAUACGAGGCGACAUUCGAUGUUCUCCUUGAAGUUGUUCGGAUGGUUUUCCAGAUCCAACCCGGAGCAGACUUUUCAUUAUUUGAUCAAAGGACACAAACUAGACAGCCGGCAACGUUGACCGCGUUUUUACUUGAUACGCUAUUUUCGAAUGUGCAACAACAUAUGGAAAGGCGCGAUGCAGUGACGAGCGAUAAGCUUAUGCGAGUGUUUAUACGUACUGCUGAGCCUGUUUGGGGUAUGGUUGGAAGAUGGCUGAAAGAUGGAAUGGGUCUAGGAUUAGGUGUUGGGACAAGCGGAAGAGUGGAUAUGGCCGAUGAAUUAGACGAGGAGUUCUUUAUUGAGAGCAGUGGUGUUGGGGUGGGGAUGAUGGGCCUUGGUUUGUUGGAUCCGGAGUUUUGGAAGGAGGGAUAUGCACUGCGGGAGGGCGCUGUAUUUCAUGGAGAGCUUGGUCCUGUGGAUAACGAACAAGGCCAAAUAACGUCUGGUCGAAAAGCUAUUCCGUCAUUUUUGGAACAUGUUGCUGAAUUGGUGUUGAGCACAGGCAAGGCAGUGGGCCUGAUGAGGGCCCUUGGGGGACCGCUUUUUUCAAACGUUUUCAACGACUGGAAGACAUUUGCAGACCUCGUUGGAUCCGAAAAUCAUAACCAAAGCGACAAGGAUGGAGUUACCGAAGGGCAUGGUGGUUUGUUUGCGGUUUCUGUGGAUACUUUAUCGCGUCUCAUCUACGAUGGUCUCUUGCCUCACUGUGAAUCGACCGCCUCUAGCCUUGUGAAGGUUUUAGUUGAUGAUUGUGCUGUGUGGAAACAUCUGGAAUCCAUCGAAGACCUUUUCCUGAUGCGGAGAGGAGAUGCUAUGAGUCACUUUAUCGAUACUUUAUUCGCGAAGAUGGACUCGACGCAGCCUUGGAGCGACUUCCAUUUCCUCAAUACGGCCUUCAACGACGUGAUAGACGCCAACCGGAACGCGGGAGUACCAGAAUGGGUCAAUGCUUCUUUAGUCCGCUUCGCAUAUCGAGGAAACAAGGAGAAGGAUAGGGCUAUCAAGCGUACGGUCAAGGCCAUUGACGGGCUUAUUGUGGAAUAUGCGGUGCCUUUUCCGUUAACAUAUAUAUUCCAACCAGCCACAAUUCAGGGAUAUAGUGAUAUCUUCGUAUUUUUGCUGCAGAUACGCAGAGCCAAGAGUGUAUUGGAGAGGAUUUUGGUUCGGGACGAUCAAGGGCGGGGGAAAAAGUUAAGGGAGGAGCUGAAGGUUUUCCAUGCCAUGCGAAGCAGACUGAGUUGGUUUAUUAACACUUUAUUAAACUUCCUUACUACAUACGUCAUUCAUGCAGAAGUUUCACGAUUUCGAGAGGCUUUUCGCAAGACAAAGUCUCUUGACGAGAUGAUCCAACUGCAUGAUGAACAUCUUGAAAAAAUAAGAGGACGCUGUCUACUCAAACCAAAUACCUCUGCCCUGCAAAGAGCUAUACUUUCCAUCCUGGACAUGUGUCUUCAUUUUAGCGAAGGCUUUGUCGCAUUUGCAGGUGAUAACACUGCCACUCUGGAUGUUUCUCGACAAUCAGUCAUCAUGAAGAGACACCGCAGCCGACGCCAAAGACGCCAAAAACGAAAUGUCAUUGGGUUUUCUCAAUAUCUGCAAGAUGAGGACGACAGUAGCUCGGAUGAAGAUAUGGAAGGGGCUGAGCACAUCAAUGACCCUCCUGAACCCUCUUUCUCAAUGGCGGGUACCUCGGUGACCACUGAAGACGACUUUUAUGCAGGGGUAGAACGUAUGUCAUCGGAGUUGGAUGGCUUGGUACGAUUCCUGCGCCGCGGUGUGGAAAGCUUGGCAGGAGGGAGUGGUGAAGCUGCGCCUGCUUUUGGGGUAUUAGCUUUCUCAUUAGAGGAUUGGGAUAUGUAA